AGGGGGGGGUCCAGUGACUGACACUCCCUGUCCCCCUCCCUCCCUCUCCCCCUUUAAAAAGGCCCGCGGGGCCCUCCGGCGAUGCCCGCGCUGCAGGCAGAUGGUGCCGGCGCAGUGAACGAGGGCAGCGGCUGGCGGAGGAGGCGACGCGCAUCAGAGCUGGAGUAACCCAAACUACCUCUGGUGCAUAGCCCACGGACACUGCCUGCUGGUCUUCAACGUGCCCCUGCCUUCUGCCACCGAGGACAACGUCACUAUGAGAGUGCUGCUUUUUGCCUUCCUGAUUGAAGCGUCCCUCUCCUCUUUGGUUCCAGAGAAGGAGAAGAACCCCCGGUUCUGGCGAGAGCAGGCCCAGGAGACACUGCGGAGGGCUCUGAGCUUGCAGGAGCUCAACACGAAUGUGGCCAAGAAUGUCAUCCUCUUCCUCGGGGACGGCAUGGGAGUCCCCACAGUGACAGCAGCUCGCAUCCUGAAGGGGCAGCUGAGCAACAACAAUGGGGAAGAGACAGUCCUGGAAAUGGACCGGUUUCCCUUUGUGGCUUUGUCCAAGACAUACAACACCAACGCCCAGGUCCCAGAUAGCGCUGGCACAGCCACGGCUUACCUGUGUGGGGUGAAGGCCAAUGAGGGGACGCUGGGGGUCAGCGCGGCUGUGACGAGGUCCCAGUGCAACACCACGGCGGGGAACGAGGUGACCUCUAUCCUCAAAUGGGCGAAGGCGGCAGGCAAAUCCGUGGGCAUCGUCACGACAACGCGGGUCAACCAUGCCACGCCGAGCGCGGCCUAUGCGCACUCUGCCGACCGGGACUGGUACUCCGACAACGAGAUGCCCCCUGAGGCCAUCCAGCAGGGCUGCAAAGACAUCGCACACCAGCUUUUCGAAAACAUCCCAGACAUUGAGGUGAUUAUGGGAGGGGGUCGGAAGUACAUGUUCCCCAAGAACACCAGCGAUGUGGAAUAUCCGAACGAGGAGAAGUUCAGGGGGACUCGGCUGGAUGGCAGGAACCUCAUUGAGGCAUGGAGGAAGACAAAACCAAAGGAUAAGAACGCCUUUUAUGUGUGGAAUCGGACAGAACUGAUGAAGCUUGACCUGAACAAGGUGGACUAUUUAAUGGGCCUCUUUGAGCCGAUUGACCUGGUGUACGAGCUGAACAGGAACAACGAGACAGACCCUUCCCUGACGGAAAUGGUGGAGGUGGCCCUCAAAAUCCUCCAGAAGAACCCUCUUGGGUUCUUCCUUCUGGUAGAAGGAGGCAGGAUUGACCAUGGACACCACGAAGGAAAAGCAAAGCAGGCUUUGCAUGAAGCUGUGGAGAUGGAUCGGGCAAUUGGCCGGGCUGAUAUCAUGACCUCUUCUGAGGACACCCUGACUGUGGUUACUGCAGAUCAUUCCCACGUCUUCACUUUUGGAGGGUAUACGCCCCGCGGCAAUCCCAUUUUUGGUCUGGCCCCGAUGCAGAGUGACGUGGACAAGAAACCUUUCACCUCCAUCCUCUACGGGAAUGGACCCGGGUACAGAGUCAUCGAUGGAGAGAGAGAGAACGUGUCCACAGUGAACUUCACGGAUGCCAACUACCAGGCCCAGUCCGCCGUCCCAAUGCGCAUGGAGACACAUGGAGGGGAAGACGUGGCCAUCUUCGCCAAGGGGCCCAUGGCGCACCUCCUCCACGGAGUCCAUGAGCAGAACUACAUCCCCCACGUCAUGGCCUACGCCGCCUGCAUUGGCGAGAACACGGGCCACUGCCGCUCCGGAGCGCCCACAAGGAGCCCGUCGGGACUCCUCGCCGCGACCCCCAUGUUCUUCUCCCUCGCUCUGCUCAGGCUGCUGUUCUAAAGGCUUGCCUUCGGAGCGCUCCUCUACCGGUUGAGCCUGACCGCGCAGCGUCCGGGGCUCCACGACCUGCCUCUGGAAAUGAGGUUCAGGUUUCAGCGACAGAGUGCACCUCUUUGCUGCGACUGACCAACCGCUAGGAAUUUCCAUUCCAGGCUCGAAGGCACCGGGGGCACCGGGUCAAACAUCACUUGUUUGUUUUGGAUGUUCCAGGAGCAACGCCAGCCUGACAUUCUGAGAUAUUUUCUCCGGCAACUUCCUCAACGAAGAUAAGAACGCCAUAGGGCUCUGUUGCAUGGGAAGGGCAUGCUCCGCGUAUUUGUUUUCCUUCUCUUUGCUGAAGUGUCUCUUACUUCACCAGAACGUUUUAACCGCCUGCUGUCUUAAAGGCUUGUCACCUUCCUUCCUUCUGCAAAGGCAGGCACCCCUAAAAGAUAAAAAAACAAAAACCACCCACUCUUCCUUCUCAAUCCAUUAUUCCUGAUUUAUAUUGUGAGCAGUGGGAGUUCUUCCACCAAUCAACCAGCUCAAAACCAGCCGUGAAAUUUAAGUUCAAAGAAGCAGAGGGUUAUCGUUCCCCUGCCCCACAGGCCUCUGAACUUUGUUGUUCCUCUUUCCCAACGAAGGGGGCAGCUGAUUCCAUCUGGCUACAUACCAGAAAGAGAGACCGUGGGCUGCACCAGGACUCUCCUUUGGGAGACUUUGGGGCUCCGCUCUCCUUGAACCUCUUUCCAUUCCUUCAUUCGAAGGACUUCUGCGCCUAGUUUGCUCCCCCCUCCUCCUUCCCAGUCCCCUUUUCUUCUUUUCACAUGUAUUUUAUUAGUGCUUUUUGUAAAUGGCUCCGGGAGCACUUUUUGGGUGUGGGUGUGCGUGUGUAUGAAGUAAAACAGUUAAACAAAACAAAAACACACA